AUGGCUGAAACAAAGGACAAAAUCUGCAACUAUUUGUUCAGCGUGGCAGAAACAACGGCACUCAACCUUGCCAAAAACAUUGGGUUUUCGAGGGCCAAGGAUGUUAAUGCUUUUCUUAGCGCUCUGGAAAAGCUGGGAGAUGUCCACAAGCAGAACACGAGCCCCCCACGGUGGUCCCUGACAGACAGGAAACGUGAGCGGAUGCAGAUGAGGCUGAAGGCCAGCACGGUAACGCAGACAGUGGAUCCCACCGGUCUUCUGCUUUCCUCCGUUCCUCCGUGUCCCCAGGAGAUGACCGUAGCUUCACCAGCAGCGACAACAUCGGAAGAAGAAAGUAUAGGAAGCGAGCAGCAGCCUUUGGGGCAAACCGAUCGGAGCGAUGCCAGCGACGUGGAAGCAGCCCCACCUGAGGACACGAAGCUCGAAUUUUCCAGUUUGAGUAAUUAUGAUAACUCCGAAAACGGCAAGUGGGCCACCGAUGAUAUCCCAGAUAAUCUGAACACUAUCAACAAGCAGCCUGAUGAGUCAGAAUCCAUCAUGAAUUCCCAGUCUUCUCCCAGUUACACCGCCCAGUUUGAAACUGCUUUCCCAUGUACGCCCGUAGAGAAACUGAUGGCUUGUCAGGAGAAGAACCCAGUGAGUGGCCUUACCGAAUAUUCCCAGUACACGUACCAGCACUGUGAGUUUGCCAUGCUGGAGCAGAGCGGACCCUCUCACGAGCCACGAUUUAAGUUCCAGGCAGUGAUUAAUGGGCGCCGAUUCCCACCGGCAGAAGCAGGGAGCAAAAAACUCGCUAAACAGGAGGCAGCAGCUAACGCUAUGAAGGUCCUGAUGAGCGAAGCGGAGAACGGAAGACAGGGUGGAAUUAAAUGUGAAGAGCCGUUUCCCUCUGACAACUCUGAGUUGGAAUUGGUGAAGCCAGAGCCGUCGUCGGCGCCAGCUCAGCUCAACCUGCUUCCUGGGAAGCACCCUAUCAGUGUGUUAAUGGAGUACGGACAAAAAUCAGGGAACACGAUUGAAUUCCAGCUGCUCUCUCAGGAAGGCCCACCUCACGAUCCGAGGUUCAGCUACUGUGUGAAAAUGGGUGACCAAAUUUUCCCUGCUGUGGUAGGAAACAGCAAGAAGGGAGCAAAGCAAAUGGCAGCAGAAGUUGCUGUGAAGAUUCUUUCUGGAGAGUCUCCUGUCGGGAAGCCCCACAGUGACCAGUCCACGCACAGCUGUGGACCUUGGAUCGCCACUCCGGAUGAAUCCAAGGUGGCGAAAGCGAAGGGCGUUGGGGAGCUCAUCAAAUACCUUAAUGCCAAUCCUGUCAGCGGCCUGCUGGAAUACGCCCGCUCCAAUGGCUUUGCUGCAGAGUUCAAACUCAUCGACCAGUCGGGACCUCCCCAUGACCCCAAGUUUGUCUAUCAGGCAAAGGUUGGAGGCCGCUGGUUCCCAGCUGUAACUGCACAUAAUAAAAAGCAGGGCAAGCAGGAGGCAGCUGAUGCAGCACUCAGAGUCCUGAUUGGCGAAACAGAGAAGAUUGAGCGCGUGGAGGGGACCAACAUCACUGAGGUAAAUCGUCUUCCUCCGCAGCUGGGACUGCCUGUCCUCUUCCACUCAGUCCAGCAGAAAAAUCUCCCCGUGAGUGGCAGUACGCUACACGAUCAGAUGGCUAUGCUGAGCCACCAGCGCUUCAACACCCUCACCGCUCGCAUCCAGCACAGUCUGCUUGGGCGGAAGAUCCUGGCUGCCAUCAUCAUGCGGAAAGGAAACAAGGAUCUGGGAGUGGUGGUCAGCGUCGGAACGGGUAACCGUUGCGUGAAAGGGGAAGAGCUGAGCUUGAAGGGGGAGACAGUGAAUGACUCCCAUGCAGAAAUCAUUUCUCGAAGAGGCUUUGUGAGGUUUCUUUAUAGUGAGUUGAUGAAGUAUGACCCGUCUAAUCCUUCUUCUGCAGAAGAGAGCAUUUUUGAGCCAGCAGGAGGGAAGAAACUCAAAAUAAAGAGCGAUGUUACCUUCCACCUCUACGUCAGCACAGCACCUUGUGGAGACGGGGCGCUCUUUGAUAAAUCCUGCAGUGACCAGGCGAGCGUGGUGGGGCAAACCCAGCAUCAACCUCUCUUUGAGAACCCCAAACAAGGCAAACUGCGGACCAAGGUGGAGAACGGGGAGGGUACCAUUCCUGUGGAGUCGAGUGACAUUGUGCCCACGUGGGAUGGGAUCCAGCAUGGGGAGCGUUUGCGAACCAUGUCCUGCAGCGACAAAAUCUUACGCUGGAAUAUACUUGGCUUGCAAGGGGCAUUGUUGUCACACUUCAUCGAGCCGGUUUAUCUCAGCUCUGUUACACUUGGUUACUUGUACAGUCAGGGUCAUUUAACACGUGCAAUCUGCUGCCGCGUUGCGAGAGAUGGGAACGCGCUGCAGGAAAAGCUCCGGGCUCCGUAUCGCGUUAACCAUCCCGAGGUUGGGCGAGUCAGCGUAUACGACUCUGCAAGGCAGACGGGCAAGACGAAGGAGUCUUCAGUGAAUUGGUGUCUUGCUGAUGAAAGCGAAGUUGAAGUCUUGGAUGGCACAAAAGGGAAAGUAGAUGGACCGAAGCUGGAGGUGUCUCGUGUGUCCAAGAGGAAAAUCUUCGCCCUGUUCCAGCAGUUGUGCGCCAAGAACAACUGCAGAGACCUGCAGAACCUCUCGGUGUACUCGGAUGCGAAGGAGGCAGCCACGGCGUACCAGGAAGCCAAGCAGCGCUUCUUCAGCACGCUGGAAGAGAUGGGCUACGGCAGCUGGAUCCGCAAACCCCAAGAGGAAGAUAAUUUUUCUUUCCUCGAUGCAUAA